AUGUGUUCUGUUAAAGUCCUGACUGGUAGUAUUGCAUUUUCUUCAUAGGAAAGUCGUAUCUAUGCUGUGGCUAAAUCAGGAAUCAGACUGUCUGACACGUCCUGCACAGACCCUGCUAGCAAAGAUCCCUCCCUGCAGUCCUCUUAUCCUGCCUUUGUAACGUACACAUCCCUCAUUUAUAAAAACAUGACUACACCGGUUUACACUACUCUAAAGGGGAAAGCCACUCUGUUGAGCAGCAGUCCGUUCUCAGAUGAAUCAUCCAGCUCUGAGGAGUCAUCCAGUUCAGGAGAGGAGGAUGGUUCCCUCUGCAGCUCCCACACCUCCUCCAGCUCCAGAAAGGACAGCAGCCCGGGCAGCCCGCGCUCUCUCAAGAGGGCUGUGUCUAUGGCUUCAAUGACAUCAGAGAGCGACUACGCCAUCCCUCCUGAUGCGUACUCCACUGACACUGAAUGCUCUGAACCUGAGCAGAAACUGCCCAAGACCUGCUGUUCAUCCAGUGACGACGGCAAGAGUGAGCCAAUGGAGAAGUCAGGCUACCUGCUGAAAAUGGUCAAGACCUGGAAGAAAACCUGGAAGAGACGCUGGUUUGUCCUCAAAGAUGGAGAGCUGCUCUACUAUAAGUCACCUAGUGAUGUGAUCAGGAAACCUCAGGGUCAGAUUGAGGUCAACGCCACCAGCAGCAUCGCCCGAGGUGAAGGGAAACAAGUUCUCCAGAUAGUGACGGGGAAGCGUGUUUACUACCUGAAGGCCGACUCUCCCAACCUGCUAGAGGAGUGGCUGCGGGUGCUGCAGAGUGUUCUGAGGGUGAAGGCCGCCAGUCCUCUCUUCACUCAGCCAGAUAUUCGCCCUGGCAUGAAGGGACUGCUCAUCAAGGUGAAGCACGGCUACUCUAAGCGGGUUUGGUGUGCUCUGAUUGGGAAAACAUUGUACUACUUUCGCAGCCAAGAGGAUAAGUUCCCGCUGGGUCAGAUUAAGCUGUGGGAGGCCCGGGUGGAGGAAGUGGACAGGUCAAGAGAUUCUGAUGACGACCUGAUGGCGUGUGGGCGGGGCUUACAGGUGGCAGCCUUCACCAUUGCUAUCCACCCACAGGAGCAGGGACCGACCUACCUGCUCAUUGAAUCCCGUCAUGAAAAGGAUUCAUGGCUGUACCAUCUGUCUGUGGCAGCGGGCACCACAGUGGGUAAAGUCGGCACUGAGUUCGAGCAACUGGUGGGAAAACUCUUCCAGCUGGAUGGAGAUGCAAACUCUCAGAUUUGGAGACAUCCCGUGUUGUGUUUCAGUAAAGAAGCUCUGUCAUCUCCUCUCACCACCCUGCCCUCACAGGCCCUGCAGACAGAGGCUGUUAAACUCUUCAAGACAUGUCAGCUGUUCAUCAAUGUGGCCAUCGAUGCUCCAGCCAUCGACUACCAUGUAUCUCUGGCCCAGAGUGCCUUGCAGGUGUGCCUUGCCCACCCCGAGCUUCAGAAUGAGUUCUUCUGCCAGCUCAUCAAGCAGACCCGCAAGAGGCAGCCACACGGCCAUCCAGGACCACUGCAGGGCUGGCAGUUUCUAGCCUUGUGUGUCGGCCUGUUUCUGCCUCAGCAUCCUUUCCUCUGGCUGCUCCAGGUUCACCUCAAAAGACAUGGAGAGUGCCAGCAGCAGAGUGAUGUACCAGAGUGUAACUUUCUGAUAUUGGAGUUUAAAUGCCUUUUCCUCAUUCAGACGGAGGUGGGUAAAUAUGCCAUCUACUGCCAGCGCUCUAUGGAGCGGACCCAGCAGAAAGGUGAGAGGCAGUCCAGGCCGUCCCGUAUGGAGAUCCUGUCUAUCUUGCUGAGGAAUCCAUAUCACCACUCCUUGCCCUUCAGCGUCCCCGUGCACUUCCUCAACAACACAUACCAGGUUGUGAGCUUUGAUGCUUCAACAACGGUGGAUGAGUUCCAGUGUCGCCUCAACCAGGACACUGGCAUGAGAAAAACGGGACUGUCUGGUUUCAGCCUGUACACCGAUGACCCUACAGGACGAGAGCUGGAACACUGUCUGCAAGGAGGCAUCAAGAUCUGUGACAUUAUCUCCAAAUGGGAGCAGUCAUCUAAAGAGCAGCACACCGGAAAGUCAGAAAACACCAGGACUGUCCGCCUCACCUACAAGAACAGGCUGUACUUCUCUCUCCAGGUGAGGGGGGAGUCAGAAAGGGAGAGGUUGCUGCUGGCUUAUCAGACCAACGAGGCCAUUGUAGCAGGACACUUUCCUGUCAAUAAGGAACUGGCUCUGGAAAUGGCUGCCCUGCUCGCCCAGGUGGAGUUUGGAGAUUUUGAGCGUCCCUUCUCCGCAUCUGGAUCAGCCCAGACUAAGUCUAAUCAAACCCUGAAGCAGGUUUUGGACAGAUUCUACCCAAAACAUUACCGCAGGACCACAACCGAGGAGCAGCUCAGACAACUGCUGCAGCGUCUCUCUACCCGCUGGGCUUCACUCAGGGGACGAAGUUCAUCUGAGUGUGUCAGGAUCUACCUGACUGUUGCGAGGAAGUGGCCGUUCUUUGGUGCCAAACUGUUUGAAGCAGGGUCUAUCACUCCCUCUCCAGAGCUGAGUGGACGUGUUUGGCUGGCCGUGCAUGAAGAUGGUAUCAGCGUUCUGGAGCAUAACUCCAUUAAACUGCUGGUAUCCCACUCCUACAAGAACCUAAUGACCUUUGGAGGCUGCAAGCAGGACUUCAUGCUGGUGGUGGGUCAGAGCAUCAGUACCAAUGCCAGCAAAGACAAACCUACAGAGAAACAUCUGUUUGCUAUGGAUGCCUCCAAGAUUAGGGAAAUCACCCUCCUCAUCUCCAGUUACAUCAACAGUGCUCAUCAGCAGAAGGCCGCUGCCCACCAUCUCUCUGCCCCGGCUCUGAUGGUGGCCCAGCCCAUCACUCUGAAGAGCAAAGAGCUGAGGAGCAAAUCCCCACCAGCGCUGGGACGCCCCAGCAAGGCCCCCACACUGCUGUGAUGGCACAAAAAUACAUCCCCUAAUCUUAUUUAAAGUAGAAAAUGUAGGAUUUAUUUACACCUGCAUUCAGAUUGAUGCCACUGGAAUCAUUCCAUGUGUCUUUGCUGUCAGAUCCUGUAGAGUUGUCUCAUUGAGCCAGAUCACAUCUGGAAGUGACAGACUGAACAAGGACAAGGUGUCUCUGAUCGGCUUGGUGUACUUUAAUAUCACAGACCAGCUGAGGUUGCAGCAGUUUGCUUAUACUACCACAGAGUGCCUUUGUACUUUCCUCAGAGAACACUUCAUGAGAUUUACUGAGACUCGAACUGUUAGCUUCAUAACUGAGACACUCUAUGAACAUUUUUCGUCUCCCUGAUUAGUGUUUAUUGUGAUGCCAAAGAAAAAUGUCAACACUUUUUAUUGUCAAACUUCGCUGCAGUUCUGAAAUGUCUCAUAAAGUAAAUUUUUGUAUUCCAGCCUUUAAAAAAUGCAGUCAUACACAGUAUAGACACUAUAAUGACGUUUUGUUGACAAAUAAUCUAAUAACUCCACCAACUGCAACAGUAUUAGAUAGUCUUGUAUAAUGAAAAGCACCGUAAUGAAAGCAGGAGGCAACAGCAAGAAGUUUGUAGCAGAAGAACACUGUUCAGAAUGUGCCUGAACCAACGGGAGUGGAAACAUGCAGUUCCGUAUUUGUCCUUUUUGCAAAACAUGACGGAAGAGCUGUGUGAGUUGCUUUUGCUAUAAGCUUAUAUGAGGAAACCAGUUUGGACCCUGUGUGCUCUUAGUUACUGAACAGCCAGGAGAGCAGUAAAACUUUAAUCAUAUACAAAUAUUAAGGCCUUUCUGGUGGUGGAGUGAAUGAUGAGAAUCUGCAAGGUGUCGUAUGUAUAUAAUACGAAGGUGUUUAGGGAAGUACUUAUGGUUAGGAACAGUAAUCAGUUCUGACACACAUUUCUCUAUAGUCACAGAGUUCACUUUUCAAACACUGUUCAGGCAGUCUUCACUAAUACAGCUGAGCACAAUAGUUAACCUUACAUCCAAAAUGCAACCAUAAAGAAGUUUGUCGAUCAUUAUACUGACCUAAAAGAAACUAUUACUAUUGUCUUUGGAAUAUCUUUUAUUGAUUGAUUGAUUAAUAGACAAAGAUCCAUUACUGCAUAGAUAAUGUCACAGAAACGCAUUGGAAAUGCUGCUAUAUGUUUCAGUGAGCUGGAUUUUUACAUUUUUGUCUUGCAUAAUGCAAAAACUGCAUUACAAAACUCUACAUAUUCAUGACAGAAAUGUUUAAGACAGCUGCUCAAAUGGAAAUUCAGUAGUUUUAGUGAAGCCUCUAUUGUGUCACUUGGCCACAUCAUGUCUUAUGUCCUCUUUUUCUGGGUAAGAAAGUUGCCAUGUCUGAUCCAACGGGACAGACAUGUGAUUAUGUGGCUUUGGUAUUUAACAGUUCACCUGCUGUGAGGUUGACAAACAGACAGUAAGGUGGAGGGAAAAUAUGCUGUAGGGCACUCUGACUGGAAAUAGUGAAAUGACACAUUGUCCCUUCUGUACAAUAGCAAGUAAACAUAUACAAAAUAGAGAAUAAGUGCACAGAGUUUUUGUAGUAGUUGAGUUUGAGUGAGAAAACAGAAGUGGCUUUGAAAGGUGUGGUCAUUGUCAACAUAUAUUUAGUAGAAGCAAAGAAUUCCUGAUUUUUACCAAGUCCUGUAGUGAAUAGUAUUGAAAAAGUGAACUCAGUUUUCAUAAAUGUGUGUCAUCAGCUGUAUUAAAAAGGGAGAUGGUGAGAGGAUGUACGUUUUUGGAACAGGUUGCUGAAAUGUAUGGUGGCUGUUGGAAAGAGUUGCAGAGAAAUACAGUGCUGUCUGUUACCUGGUGUGACACAGAUUAUGAAACACAAUCUGUUUUUUGAACUGGACUGGAAGAUGAACUGGAUUGUUGUUUUUUAUAUGUAAGGUACUUAAAACAGAUGAUUUUCCCUUCCAGUAGUACUAUAAGGCUGUACACAGUGAUAAUUGUCAGGUUCUAUUUAUUUGUCAUAUAAAAUACGUUGUAUUUAAAUCAUCCUUGGACUAAGUGUUGGCUUGAAUAAACUUAACUACAGCAAAGAA